AUGUUAAAGGAACAACUGAUAUUUUUAGUUAAAAACUUGGGCCGAUAUGAACAAAUAAAUGGCUUGCUUAAUAAAUCGAUACAAUAUUAUCGAAUUGGUGAUGAUUGUAAAACUUCUCUUGACAACAUCCUAACACUUGUUAAAGAACUUAAUAAUAUUGAUGUGUUAAUUUAUCUUUGGGACUUGCAAUUGCUUGAAAAGCAUUUGUUAACUAUCUUUUUAUUAAAUAAUAAUAUCAAAGAUAAUGAAACGAAAUCCAUAAUUCUUAUUAUAACUGAAUUAUUUGUCUUGAUGACAACACCAAUUGAUCUAAAUCAGAUUGUUGAUUUCGCAGAUGAUAAUGCAUGUCUACAAAGGGAUAUCUUAAAAGCUCAAUAUGCUUAUAAGGAUUUAUUUACAAAAAAUCCCGCAGCACUCAGAACAUUAUUAAAUCUACUCAAUGAUCAUUUAAUCAUUGAGGUCAGCAAGCCCACUGAAAGUAACGUUAUGACCGUUUGCCUAGUGUUAUCAUUAUUCCGAAAUUUAUUGGCUAUAGAUAAAAAGGAUAAAAUACUUCAUUAUAAUCUAGUACUUCAAUAUUAUAAAGAAACUAUCAUUGAAUGCUUUUGUUCAUUCCAUCAAAAAUAUAUCGAAUUAUUUCAUUGUAAUAUCAUAAUACAAGAAAUAUUCUAUCAUAUUUUUCAUGAUAUCGAACCUUCCGAUAUUUUGGUGAAUCCCACUGUUGAUGCAAACGAAUUUUCAAAAAAACUUUUAGAAGAUGAGGAAAAAAAAAAGGAAGAUCGUCGUCGUUUUAAUGAACGAUUUAGUGGGAAAUAUUGGAUUAAGAUGCCUGAUGGUUAUGAAAUUCUUACUUCCAAAAAGGACGCGCGUGCUGAUAAACUUCCAAAUGAGCAAGAAGAAAAAGAGAAUAAACGUACGAUCCGAGAAGAAUGGCUGCCCAAGAAGAAAUCCAUACUUGAUAUUAGUGACACCGCGCGUGAAUGUUUAAAAGUUACUGCAAUAAAAUUUUUAAACACUAUAUUUACCACACUCGUACACUCCGUUGGAAAAGAUCUGAAAUCAGAACAUUAUAAUGAUUAUCAACAUUCCAAUCAAUUUUUCUAUAUUGUGAGAUUUUUCCUUGAACUUUAUCAACUUUUAAGCAUUAAAGAUUCAAAUAUUGUUUCGAUAAAACAUUGGCCAGAUAUUUUGAAUUAUAAAAUAUUUAAAUUGAUGUUUAAUAAGAUUAGAUAUUUCAAAGAUCAAAAGUUAUGGUCAGAACUUCAAGUUGGGCUAGAGUGUUUGAAGCAAAUGUCAAAAACCAUUGAAACGAUGGGUUCAAAACAUUCUAAUAAGGAUCAUGAAAUUCGUAACAAAGCUCAACAACUGCAAUAUCGCAUUUUGUGCGACCAAGAAAACUUGGAAUUGGUUGUUGACGUUGUUAAAAGAUCUUCCAAGCAAUCUUUGAGCUUUCUUCGAAGCUUGGUUGAGACAGUGCACAGACUUUUAUCUAUGCUUGAACGAGUCAAGUCGAGAAAGUAUAUUUACGUUAAACAAAAACGUCAAACAAAUAGGUCUAACAAAAAGGUUAAAUAUAUUAAAGAUGAAUAUGAAUAUAGGAUUGACAAAAUUGAUUCACGUGAGCAAAGAUUUAGAACUGAAGCAUUUGAUAGAUAUGAGAUGUGCUAUGUUGAUGAAGAAGUUCUAUCGACUUAUUGUGCACUACUGGAUAAAGAGUACGAAAUAGUUGAUUUCGAUUUUCAUUACAUUAAUACGAUGUUUUUUCGUAUUUUUUCUAAUUGUGAAUCUUCAAUUUUCAUGAAGUUAUCAUUUAUGGAGCUCUUGCACCGCGUUCUUGAACACUUUAAUCAACUGACCGACUCUUUCCAAUUGAAUUUGAAUGACUCACAAAUUAAAUUCAAAGAAUUCGCAUAUAAAAUUGUAAAAGACUUUGCUAUACAAAUGGAAAAGAAUCCACUAACUUAUAUCGAACUUAUACUUCCUAAGAUCGAUUUACUUACACAACAAAGUGAACAUGAAUCUUAUUAUCAAGCAUUACUACUACAAAGUGAACAUGAAUUCUACUAUCAAGCAUUACUACCAGAAAGAAUUAAAGCUGUGAGCAUCAUACAUUCCAGUUCAACUAUUGUGCUAAGUCCUGUAGUUGACAUUUUAACCUUUAAAAAGUAUUAUAACAAAAAAUGUAAAUUCUAUAUACAAGCUAGUUUUAAAGAUGCUUUUAACACUGAUUUGAUCUUAGUUUUGGGUAAUAUUAAAAUUGAGGUCCUUUUAAUCGUUUAA